AUGGACCCAUCCGCGAGACGGGAUCCGGAGCUGAAGGGUUCCGCGGAGAGCGCGCUGCCGCAGCCUGCGCCUGCCGGGCCUCGUCCGCGUCUCCUUGCGCACCCCUCCGCAAGCGAGCCCGUUCGCCGCUUCGAGCGGGUGCAAACACUUCCCCAUCGGCUUGCCGCGCGCCCCACCUCGCCGGAGUAUUCGUGGGCGCCUGCACGUGUUGCGUCGAACCGCCCGGACGGUCAGCCGCGGCAUGAGCGCGGGUGCUCGCCUCCGCGUCAGCCUCCUCGGCCGCCCUCUCCUCGCCGCCCUUCUCCUGAGCAUCGCGAGCACUAUCAGCGCGGGGAGGGGGAUCAGCGUUCCCUUGCACGUCCUUGCUCUCCUCGCCGCCCAUCCCCUCGUGGUCAGGCAGGCCAGCGCUCACCCCGAGCGCGAUCCCCCGCGCAACGCUCUCCGCGGCGAUCUCCGGCGACGCGGGGGAGGGGGUCGCCUGGGCGACGCUGGGAUUCGGGUCGCCGCGAGCAGUCCCCCCCGCGUCCACAUUCGGCUGGUUCCGGGGGACGGCGGGGCUGGCGGAAAGGCGGAGGGCGAGGCGGGAAUGGCAACCGGCCGGAUCCUGCCCUCGAUCGCGCUGCGGACACGUUCGUGGAGGUGGUGAGGCAGGCCCGGGCGAGUGGGGCGCCGACUCACGUCCACAUUGAGGUGACCAACGGUCCCCCCUUCGCCGCGGACCCCGGCCAGGUUGCUCCUCUGCGCGCGCCGACGCUGCGCGAAUAUCAGCCCGCGCGUGAGGGAAGGGCUCAGUUCCGCACCCCCCGUCAGGUUCCCGGCUUCUUUGCGCCGCGCUUAUCUGUUGGCCGGACUCCUGGCUGGCCGGCGGCGUUUCCGCGCGAAGCACUGACUGCACCUCCCCCCACUCGCGCGGGGAGAGACCCCAUGCUGACCAUGUGCCGGAUUUUGAAUCUGGCGGAGGCGUGCGAGGUGGUGGCGAACUUGCAGCUGGCGGUGUGUGGGGCCACGCGGAGCUUUCCGAGCAGUUUCGGUCCAGGUCAUGUAUUGAUAUGGGUCACAAGGGCCUCCCCUUAUCCUUCUUCACCCCGCAGCUUCCUCGCACUUUCCCUGAGACGCCCUCCAUCUCCCUGGCCCACCUGGAAACUCCCAGACUCAGUAUUCCUCUUCCUGACCCUCAUCACGCCCCUUUAUCCCUCCCCUGCCGCUACCCAGCCUCCCCUUGUCACCGAGAUUCCUCCUCCCCAGCCCCCUAAGCCGCUCUAG